AUGAGCGCCCAACAACAACAACAAGAAGAAGAACCCAGCAGCAACAGCAAUAGCAUCAUCACAGCUCCCGAUCCUCCCAUCGACCACUUUGAACGCCACGGCUACCUCUUCGGCUAUCCCAUUGCCCACUCAUAUUCCCCUCUCGUACACAAUACUGUUUUUGAAGAAGUCGGUUUACCUUGGGGGUUUCAACUCUUGGAAUCGACGGAUAUUUCUCAGUUUUUGAGAUUAUUGAAGGAUGAGAGGUUGUAUGGCUCAGCAGUAACAAUGCCCCACAAAGUCUCCAUCAUCCCUCACCUAGACGGCCUCACCCCCUCCGGCCGCGCCGUAGGAGCCAUCAACACAAUCUACCUCGACGCCAACCAAAAAUACAUCGGAACCAACACCGACACCAUCGGCGUCCGCGAAUCUUUUUUCCAAAACAUCCCCAACCCCUCAUCCGUAUUUCUCCAUCGCCCAGGCCUCGUCAUCGGAGGCGGAGGAGCCGCUCGAUCAGCCGUGUACGCUUUAGUUCAAUUUUUGAAAUGCGAAAUUGUAUAUUUAGUCAAUCGCGACGCGGCAGAAGUUGAAGCGGUGAUGGCUUGGUGUCGGGCGGAAGGAUAUGGAAAAGGGCUCGUGCAUGUGAAAUCUGUGGAGCAGGCAGAGGCGUUGGAAGGGCCGGGGGCGAUAGUGGCUUGUGUACCGAAUUUCGCGCCUGUGACGGAAGAGGAGCGUGAGGCGAGGAGGAUUGCGGAGAGGUUUUUGAAUAAAGAGCAUAAAGGGGCCAUGUUGGAAAUGUGUUAUCAUCCUUCGCCGUGGACGGAGUUGGGGAGGUUGGCGGAGGAGGCCGGGUGGAAGGUGAUUUUGGGGACGGAGGCGAUGAUUUAUCAGGCUUUUGCUCAGCAUACGCUUUGGCAUGGGAGGACUGUGGAGGAAUUGCCUGUGGAACGGGUUAAGAGUGUUGUGGCUCAUGCGCUGUCGCAGGCGAAGUUGUAA